UUGUCUCGUGUAUUCAACUUAUCAUUGGUGAUUUUGGGAACAUGGGGCUGAGGUCGCUUUCUUAAAAACAUAUUUACGUAUCUGUGCGUCAAACCGGAGACUUUAAACCUGAGCUAAAUAGUUAGCUGCUAACAUUAGCCUCAGAGAUGAUCCGGUUCUUGUUGAUGGUGAAUCGUCAGGGCCAGACUCGACUUUCUCGAUAUUACACUGAUGUGGAACUAAAACUAAGACAAAACCUGGAGACUGAGGUGGUCCAACGCUGUCUGUCCAGAAGUAAAGAACAGUGCUCUUUUGUGGAGUACCAGGAUUAUAAGCUGGUGUAUCGACAGUAUGCGGCCCUAUACAUUGUGGUGGGAGUCACAGAUGACGAGAACGAAUUGUCAAUUUUUGAGAUGAUUCAUAAUUUUGUAGAAAUUCUCGACAAAUACUUCAGUCGUGUGAGUGAACUGGAUAUCAUGUUUAACUUGGAUCGUGUUCACAUUAUUUUGGACGAAAUGAUUCAAAAUGGACACAUUGUGGAGACCAACAAAAGCAGGAUUCUGGCUCCAAUCACAGCCAUCGACAAAAUCUGUGAUGGGUAGAACUCCUCAGCUACAGAGAACUGAACCAGGACUAGACCAGGUCUGAAACGGGUCUGAGCUCCCAUCACUGAUAGAACUUGAACUGGAGUAAACUCUCUGGACUGAACUGUGAUGGCAGAGUGGUUGAGAAUGUAGUCCUCUGCUCCUGACAGGUUUAAUCCAGAGACACUGAAGGAUGGGUCAAAUGCAGGU